GCUUGCCAUUACCCACAGGUGAUAAAGUAGUGAGUCAGUACGUCAACAGCUUUAACAGUAAGUUUCACAGAACUGUGAGUCGUACCAAGAACACCAACUAGAAGGAACUAUGGCUGAUGGGGUGUAUCACACAAGAUCACGCGGAGUUGGAGUUGAGGGUAUCCCUGAUCAGUAUGCUGAUGGAAAGGCAGCUAAGCUGUGGGAGGUUUACAUCGGAGAGAAAAACGACAGAACAAAACACUACAAAGAGUUUCUUACGGGAAAAUUGAGAGAGCUUGGCAUUCAUCAUGUUCUUGAUGUCGCUUGCGGUACAGGGAUUGAUUCCAUAAUGCUACUUGAAGAAGGCUUCCGUGUGACCUCAACUGAUGCUUCCGAUCGUAUGCUUAAAUACGCUUUGAAGACACGCUGGAAUAGACGGAAGGAGCCCGCCUUCGAUGAUUGGGUUAUUGAAGAAGGAAACUGGCUUACUCUACCCGACGACAUUGUCAAACCGCCUGGCGGUUUUGAUGCUGUUGUGUGUUUGGGUAACUCAUUUUCGCACCUGCCUGAUAUCCACAAAGAUGGACAGACACACGUGCGGGCCAUUCGCAACUUUUGGGAAAUGAUCAAGCCUGGAGGCUACCUAAUUAUUGAUCAUAGGAAUUAUGAUUACAUCCUUGACAAGGGCAAAACGCCACCCAACUCCAUAUAUUACAAUUCUAAGCAUAUCAAAUCGAUCGAAACGGGGGUUCUCCUUCUAAACAACAAGCCGCACCAAGUUUGCCUCGAUUACCACAUGGACGUCAGCGGCCUUACCGGAAAGUUUGAUAAGCAGACAGAUUCGGAAUUUACCAAGAAGGGUCGUUAUGAUGGCGAACUAAGUUCGUAUUUUCGAUUGUCGUACUUCCCACAUCGUCUCAAGGACUUCCAUUCGAUGCUCACGGAGGUAUUCGGUAAACAAGUCCGCCAUGAAACGUACGGAGACUUCCAGCCGCUCCACGCUAUCCAGGACCCUGCCUUCUAUAUCCACAUCAUACAAAAACAAGGCGAAUCAAACUAAACACCUUCAGUGUGAAUAUGGCUUUAGGCACGUUUCGUUAAAUUUAGUAGGACAUGGGUGAUGUGCUGAUUCGGAAAAAUUACAGAAGAUUUGUUUAAUCAACAUUAGCUGUACAAGAAUGUUUGUAAGGACAAAGACUUUCCAUUUCCGCUUACGUUUGAAUACUCCGACAUACUAGCGUUUAAGCAGACCGCAUAUGCUUAAUAAAUGAACUCCAAAUGUUAAGUAUGUGUGUUUCGGUACUUUCAGCAGGAGUCAACGUUUUAUAAUAACCGGUGUAAUCUUAGAAAAUACUCGAGGUACAACAAUAGUACAUAGAUCGUAUGUAAAUUCUCAUCGUUCAUGAUUUGUUAGAGCAUAUAGACACCAUGUUUAAUAUAUCUGCUGUUGAAAGAGGUUCUAAAUUUUCAGUGCUGUUGGUGUCCAAGCUAGCACUGGAUAUUUUGAAAUCUCAUUAUCAUGUCUAAGCAGGUUAUAUAAACUCUUCUGCCAAACAUUUUGUACCUUUGUACUAUGAGUACAAAGCUAAAAAAAAAAGUGUUGCUUCUGUUCUGAGCCAUAGCUCUGUAUCGCAUAUUGGGAUCAUUAAAAUGGAUAAUCUUUUUCAAUCUGUAACUUGGAUACUGGAGCAAUUGCAGUACAUUUAAAAUCGUAGGGUUAAAGCAAAAUACAUCUGGAGAUUACUUUUUAUUUGCAAUUCAUUAAGCGAACGCAAUAUGUAUACUUUUGAGGUUUCAGAUACUUCAAGAGGCGAAUAUAACACUUUUAAUACGCGUGUUCUUAUAACACUUUCUUUUUAUUUUUUUUACAAAUUCUUGCGAUUGCGUUAUGUUAUAAGUGUAUAAAGCUAACUUGCGUUUUCAUGUAGUUGUGGCAUACACAUAUAUCAUUGAUAUAUCGACAACGGGACCGUAGCAAAUAAAAACAACGUGAAUAUAAUAAGUUUCA